UCUAACCGCCUUUUUGUAGUCGCCUCCCGUUUCUUGCACCCUUCCUCCUCGCCUCCGUCUGUUAGACGUUACGUCCGUAUCGGCCAAUACGAUGUAGACCUUCAGCUUUAGGGCGAGUGGACUCCAUAGUUUCUACUUUCCAGUUUCCAGGGCUCAGGCCCAUUCCAGCGGGGGAGAGAGAUGACGACGCGGACGAAUUUUUAUAAGAAUCCUUCAUUCGCAUAUAGAAAGGAUUUCAGUCUCGAUUCCGUUCUUCAAAAUCUCAGAGCUUAUAACGCUGCGACUGGGAACGCUCCUCCAGCCGAAGAACCACGCCUGGACGACGAGGAGAAGAAAGUCAGUCGUAAACGCCCUCCUGAUCGAAGGCGAAAACCUAAUAUCGAUUUUAUCAAAAAUAAAGAAGAGAACGACGGUCCUCUCACUCACCAAAGUUACAUUGAAAAGAGAAGGAAAGAAGUCAGGUCGUUUCAAGCUUAUCAGGAAUCGACCCCAGAUGUUCUGGGAAGUUCCAAUUCGAGUUUCAAGCCUUUGGUACAAUACGAAAGUGAUGAAAACACAUCAUCAGAAACAUGUGAAGAAAAACAGGAGGAAUGUGAAGAUAAACUGGCUGCACCUAGUUCUGAUCAUAUGAAAGAAGUUGAUUGUAUCAAGGCAAGAAGUGAGCAACGCUUUCCAGUUCCUGGAGAACCUGUUUGUGUGGUAUGUGGAAAAUAUGGAGAGUAUAUUUGUGAUGAGACAGGUGACGAUAUCUGUAGUAUGGAUUGCAAAACUGAGCUGCUGAAGCAUGGGAAUGUUGACCUGUCUGAGGGAGUAGUUAGCACCCAAGAUUCUCUUGUUUGCCUUUCAGGAAUAGGUGGUGGUUUAGUGAUACCUGAGUUUAAGGAGGAUAUUUGGGAUUUUGAAUGGCUUAAGUGGACCACAAAGACAUUCAAUCUAUGCACAUAUAGAUGUUGGAAAUGUCAGAGACCUGGUCACCUUGCAGAAGACUGUUUGGUGAAAACAUGUAAUCCUCAAUCUCUUGCUUCAACUCAAUCAUGCAAUCAGAUGCUUGUCAAAGGCUGCAAGUCCAGUUCCAUCUCCAGAGAUCUUCUUGCGCUCUACAAAAGGUGCCACCAAGUAGGAAAAGGCUUAUCGAGUGCAAAAUGCAACCAAUGUCGUGUCUCAUCAAGUUUGGCAAUGUGCCUUGAUUGUAAUACAAUCUUUUGUGACAGUGCAGGUCAUCUAAAUGAGCACAUUGCAGCACACCCAUCCCAUCAACAAUAUUACUCUUAUAAGCUUAGACGUUUGGUAAAAUGCUGCAAGUCAACAUGCAAUGUGACCAAUAUCAAGGAUCUUUUGGCUUGUAACUAUUGCUUUGAUAAGGCCUUUGACAAGUUCUAUGAUAUGUACACUGCCACCUGGAAAGGAUCUGGACUUUGUAUCAUCUGGGGUUCCAUAUGUUGUGAUGAACACUUCACAUGGCACCGAAUGAAUUGUCCAAAUGCUGAUGUAGAAGAUAGUGCAUAUAUCGUAAGAGAAUGUUCUUCAGGUGACAAGUAUGUUCAGCUCAGCGAAUUCAUCUUUUAACGAGGAUGUGGAAGGUAGUAACUUCACAUUAUGGUCCCUUCCUUGAGUUCGUUUUAACAUGUCCAGUAUGCUUGCCUUCCACUUUAUGGUUAAGAUAAAAUUAUCUUUGUUGAAUAUAGCUAAUGUAAAUUGGCUACUUGUUUACCCCCGCUCUGUUAUAAUUUCUCCAAGUUCCAUUAUUGGAACUAUUUAGUUCUACCACUAUACUGCCAAACAUUUCACGAUGGUUGAAUGAUCGAUACUCUAGAUUAUUUAUUUAUUUAUUUAUUUUUAUGUGAAAAAGAUAGGCCCGCAUUGGGCAUAUAGUA